AACAGGGAUGCAUGGCAACCCUUGUAGUGGAGAAACAGUAGAAGUUCAGACAGAGCAACAUGAGGACUGAAAAGCGAGAGGAAACAAUAUUCCCUGCCCUCGCUCCCUCAGUUCUGCGGCUGAGGGCAGAGUCGACGCACCGACAGUGACUGGCGGAACAGUCUCAGCUGGAGGGGAGAGGGGAAAAAAAAAAAGAAAGACCUCUUGUCAGUGGGAGGUAACCUACACGAUGCCCCCCUACUGAAUUUAUCAAUUCACUGUCCGGUCCGUGCUGUGCCGAGCGCGUUAUUUUGCCACCAAAAUGCCGAGCGGCGCACCGACGCACCGCGGAGCGCACCGACGGACGCAGCCUCCCUGCGCGCCUCGGAGCGGGGUGAUUUGUGACCACAGCUGAAGCAGCCUGAUCCACACUGCGGUCCACAGAGGAGCAGAGGACGGCGCUUGUUUUGGAGGAUCGACACCUUCUGGAUGACAAUCCUUAAUUUCUUACUCCUGUGUGCGUGUGUCGUCAAUGGCGAAGCGAGGCACGGUUUGGCAACACGUAUGGAUGGAGCAAGGGCGCAGGAGUGAUGACUGCCUGUGGUGAGCUAUAACUCACGUCCAGACUGGCGACCAAGACUCAGUGCGGAAAAAUGGAACGGAAGAGGUGCCGUUCUCCUAAAGCAGACAUCCUCAAGACCUUGACGUCUCUGCGAAUAAGACCGGCGUUAUGGUGGACUGGAAGUUAACAUGAGGAUGACCACGACUCCUCUGAGCUGUGACUGAACCGGCAGUGGGCCCGAAUCCUCUUUCCAAAGAGUGGAAGACCAGUCAGUGAAUUAUGAAUGUUAAACAAGAUGACCUCCUCUCAGCAGCAGCAGACGAUGCGAGGUCCUAGGUGGAACCGGGCCUUGUCCGACCCUUUGUUUGUGCUGCUCCUGGCCCUCCAGCUGCUGGUGGUGGCCGGACUGGUCCGUGCUCAGACGUGUCCCUCGGUCUGCUCCUGCAGCAACCAGUUCAGCAAAGUCAUCUGCACCCGCAGAGGCCUGCGGGAUGUUCCCGAUGGCAUUUCUACCAACACGCGCUACCUGAAUCUGCAAGAAAAUCUCAUUCAGGUCAUAAAGGUGGACAGCUUUAAGCACCUCAGACAUCUGGAGAUUUUGCAGCUGAGCAAAAACCACAUACGCAAAAUUGAGCUCGGCGCUUUCAAUGGACUCGCCAGCCUCAAUACCUUGGAGCUUUUUGAUAACCGGCUCACCACCAUCCCAAACGGGGCAUUUGAGUACCUGUCCAAACUAAAGGAGCUUUGGCUGAGGAAUAACCCCAUAGAGAGUAUUCCCUCUUAUGCUUUCAACAGAGUGCCCUCAUUACGACGGUUGGACCUCGGGGAGCUCAAGCGGCUCUCCUACAUAUCUGACGGGGCUUUCGAAGGGCUGAGCAAUCUACGCUACUUAAAUCUGGGAAUGUGCAAUCUGAAAGAAAUUCCCAAUCUUAUUCCCCUGGUGAAGCUGGAUGAACUUGAGAUGUCAGGAAACCAGUUAUCCGUCAUCCGGCCAGGUUCAUUUAAAGGGCUCAUCCACCUGCAGAAGCUGUGGAUGAUGCAUGCUCAGAUCCAGACCAUAGAGAGGAACUCUUUCGAUGACCUGCAGUCACUAGUGGAGCUCAAUUUAGCCCACAAUAACCUUACCCUUUUGCCCCAUGAUCUCUUCACCCCUUUACAUCACCUGGAAAGAGUGCACUUGCACCACAACCCAUGGAAUUGCAACUGUGACAUCCUGUGGCUCAGCUGGUGGCUAAAGGAGAUGGUACCAGCGAACACCAGCUGCUGCGCCCGCUGCAGCUCACCCACGGCUCACAAGGGACGGUACAUCGGUGAGCUGGACCAGAAUUACUUUCACUGUUAUGCUCCUGUUAUUGUGGAGCCGCCAGCAGACCUAAAUGUGACAGAGGGAAGCGCUGCAGAGUUGAAAUGCAGAGCCAGCUCCUUGACCUCGGUAAGCUGGAUCACGCCCAACGGUUCCAUCAUGACACAUGGCGCAUACAAGGUCAGAAUCUCCGUGCUGAAUGACGGCACACUGAACUUCACCAACGUUACCAUGCAGGACACUGGCAUAUACACGUGCAUGGUGAGUAAUUCUGCAGGUAACACGACGGCAUCUGCCACACUCAACGUGUCCUCGACAGAGAACAGUAGCUUCAGCUACUUCACCACAGUGACGGUGGAGACAAUAGAAACGCCACAUAAUGAAGGCUUCACCACGACUGUGCACCAGAAGGUGGGCCCGACUCCCUCCGCCGGUACGUGGGAGUUCGUUUCAUCCACCUCUACGACCACAACGACCGUCCGGACCCCGCCGUCGACCCGCGCCACGGAGAAGACGUACACCAUCCCCGUCACAGAGACGGGAGUGGACGGCUCCCUCAACGGCUUGGACGAAGUCAUGAAGACGACCAAGAUCAUUAUCGGCUGCUUCGUCGCAAUCACGCUCAUGGCAGCCGUCAUGCUGAUCAUCUUCUACAAGAUGCGCAAGCAGCACCACCAGCAGAACCACCACGCGCCCACGCGCACCAUCGAGAUCAUCAACGUGGACGAGGACUGCGUAACGGGAGGCCCGGGCAUGGAGGGCCACCUGACUCUGCCUCCUCUCGAGCACGAGCACCUCAACCACUACAACGCCUACAAGGCCGCGUACAACCAUGCCUCCACUAUCAACUCCAUACACAGCUCAGCGCACGAACCUUUGUUAAUCCGGGCCAGCUCGAAAGACAAUGUACAAGAGACCCAAAUCUAAUAAUUUUUGCGAGACAUUACAGAUGGAAUUACUUCGAGGCAUUACUGACAGGACUUUCCUGACAAGAGGAUGCAAGGACUGUGGCUCAAACACGGAGGAACAGACUCAUGUGUUUGACAAAUCAGUGGCUGGUGAUGUUAUUUCAAUGACUUUGGGAUUUAGAGUAUGUCUACUGUUUCAAAAAGUGUCUUUACAAAACAGAAGUUAUUUAUUUAAGAAAAAAUAUUGUGGUUAAAUCAAGAAAAAACUGUAUUCUGCAAUUAUUUUUUCAGCACUUAUUUCAUGUGUUGUUUUAUUUUUGCUUUUUAAUUCCUCUCAUAUCACAGCAUUGGUUUAGUAAUAUGUUUUAAAACUGUCAGCAGAGAAAAUUCCUGAAGCAAAUUAUUGUUCCAAUUUCAUUCUUGUUUUUAUUUUUAGGGAGAGGGGUAUUGCUGCAAAUUUGUGAGGAGGCAAGAUAGUAACCUAGUUUUCUGGAUGUAUCAAAGAACUCUAGAGCACAUAAAUGAUUUUCCCGAGCUGUGGAUUAAAUGAUGAAAUCUUUUUUGUGACCGUCUGUAACUGAGACGCUCAUUAUUUUACAGUGAGUGGCAGAACUUCCAACGAUCGAAUCUGAUUACAACUCACUGCUUAAUUAUAUUUGCCACUUCCAUAGGCUCUCUCUAUUCUGUCAUCACUAGACUGGGGAUAUUAAGAAAUUGCAAGCUGCCUUUUUCAUUGGUUAAAGCUGAGGCUUACAGACAGAACAACAUUCUGUGUUCAGUGAAAUUACAUUGAUCAAUAAUUCAAUGCACCUAAUGUAUAUGCAGUGUAUUGUUAUCCCAAUCGGAGCUCAUUC